UCUGCCACAUACGGCCAUAGAUUCAAGAAAUUUAGCCAUCCCGUUCGAUCUGGCCUAUACAAGCUUGAAAUCGGCGGAUUAGUAGUCAGGUGGGUGACCACUGGCGAAUCCCCGCUGUCGUAUGUUUUUGCUCUUGCAUCUUUUUUUGCCCAAUUCGCGCAAGUCAUGUGGGUAGGGUCCUGGUAUGCCGGUUGCUGUUGUCAGUCUAGGUUAUGUAACUCACCAGUCGCCUCUCUCUCAUACAACCAAAGAUGUCAUUUGCGUGUUGCUAACAAAGGUAGUGAUGAGCUAUAG